CUGGCAGUUGGCUGGAAAUCUCUCUUUCUCUUCUUUUCAGCAGAGGAGCUCUGUCAACAGCUGCUACAGGACACAUUUCCUUCCUGCUGCCCUGGGAGUGCACUUCCUGGCCACCAUGGCUGAUCCCACAGCAGAAGAGCAGGCACACCACGGUGCUGAGCUGUGCUGUGAAUGCGGUCAGUUCCACCUCUUGCCAGACAAUCAUCUCUACAACUUCCAGAAUGAAGUGGACGAUGAACUCAUUUGCCACAUCUGCCUUCAGCCUCUGCUCCAGCCUAUGGACACCCCCUGUGGACAUACGUACUGUUUCAAGUGCCUUGAAAACUUCAUGCAGGAGUAUAACUUCUGUCCUAUGGAUCGGAAGAAACUCUCUCUCCAGCAGUGCCACAAGUCCAGCCUUCUAGUCCGAAACUUGUUGGAUAAGCUGGUUGUCGUCUGUCCAUUCAAGGCAGAGUGUCAGCAGACAAUGCAGCGGUGUGAACUAGAAGCUCACCUGAAGAACAGGUGUCCUGGUUUCAAGAAAUACAAAUGUGAGCUACAACGGAAAAGGAACCCUGUUUCCAAAGGGAAGGAAGAGCCCCUCAGCAAGGUGGAGACAAGCACGCCCAGGGAUCCAGAGGUGCCCAGGGAUCCAGAGGUACCCAGCGGAGGAUCCACGCUUUUAGCAGAAAGCUCUGCAGCUGCUGUGGUAUCACUAGGGACUGCAGAGCCUGGACUGGUUAACCCAGCUUUUGAGGAGACUGAAGAAGAUGCUCCUCAGAGAGCUAGCCCUGUGGCUGAAACGAGCACAAUUGAAAUUCACAGAGAAGAUCCAGAGGAAGAGCUUGGGAUGAGAAUAGUUGGGGGUAAGGACACCCCACUAGGAAACAUUGUUGUUCAAGAAGUCUUGCGGGAUUCUAUCAUUGCUGCAGAUGGAAGAAUAGCACCUGGGGACCAUAUUCUUGAGGUGAAUGGUGUCAACAUCAGCAGUGUGACUCACUGCCAAGCUGUGUCCUUCCUGCGCCACCCAGGUCCUGUUCUCCACCUCAUUGUCCUGCAAGAGAAAGGCUUUUCCAAUAAGACUACACAACAGGACUCCACUUCUGCUACAAAUCAGGAAGUGAUCCAUGUCACCUUGGUAAAGAGAGACCGAUCCGAACCCUUGGGAAUCAAACUGAUCAGGAAGACGGAUGAGGCAGGGAUUUUUAUUCUGGAUCUGCUCGAGGGAGGUUUGGCAGCCAAAAAUGGGAAGCUGAGUCGAAAUGACAGAGUCCUGUCUAUAAAUGGCCAGGAUUUGAGGCAAGGAACACCUGAGACUGCUGCACAGAUCAUCCAGACCAGUGAAUCCAGAGUAAACUUCGUAGUCCUGAGGCAGCCAGGAAUGCAGCUGUUGGACCAAGGGGAAGAUGGCAGCACGUCAAACAACAGCAGCAGCAGCAGCGGAGGAGGAAGCCCAGUGCACCACAGAAGACGACUAGACCAGAGUCACUACAGACGGAAGUCCAACUACCAGAAGGAAUUACCUCCAGGAUAUGUAAGUCAUGAAAAGACAGUUGCAAUAAAGAAGGAACCAAAGGAAUCCCUAGGAAUAACAAUUGGAGGUGGACGAGAUAACAAAAACAAGCUCCCUAUAUAUGUAACAAGUGUACAGCCCAUCGGGUGCCUCUUCAGGGAUGGCAGAAUCAAGCGAGGAGAUGUACUUUUGAGUAUAAAUGGCAUUGAUUUGACUCACCUGAACUACUAUGAAGCUGUCUCAGCACUGAAAUCUAAUGCGGCUUCCCACUCAGUCAUACUGAAAGCCUUGGAAAUCCUUUUAACAGACACCACAGAUCCCUCUCUAGACAUCAAGGAGCGAGGAUUCAGCUGGUCUCCCCUCUGGAUCACAUGGCUUGGAUUGCCCAGCUACCUUCACUGCUGUCAAGAUAUUGUCCUUAGCAAAGGCAACCAGGAAAGCUGGGGCUUCAGCAUUGUUGGAGGCUUUGAGGAGAGCAAAGGAAACCAGCCCUUCUUCAUCAAAACCAUCGUGCCUGGGACGCCCGCCUGCCGCAACGCAAGGCUGAAGUGUGGAGAUGAAAUAGUGGCAGUAAAUGGCGUACCAGCGGUUGGAAUGAGCAACUCGGAACUAAUCCCAAUGCUGAAGGAGCAAAAGAACAAAGUGACACUUACUGUGGUAUCCUGGCCAGGGAGCCUUGUGUGAAAGCUUUGACAAAUCACGCAGCAGCCUUAAGGAUCAUCCUUGGUAUCAGAUUUGCUGACCACCACACUGAGCUGAACAUGACAAACUGAGGGAGUGCUGAACUCUUGCUAUACAGCAUACUGCGUCAUGACAAUAAUUUUCACUUCAUUUUUGGAGAAAACAUUUCUUUACUGUGUGGAGGUUGCCACCGACUGAUUGUUAGAUUGAAAAUAAUGGUGACUCAGAACACUUGUAGCUUCUUGGACUCAAUAGAGCUUGUUAGUAUUGGUGUUGCAGUGUUUCUCUAGGACUCACCCAUCUUUGCUUUUUAGUUUUAGAGCUCCUCUUUCCAUUUAAUGUUUUGACCAGGUUAAAACACGUGACUGGCCUACGAAUACCACUUGGCUGCUGCUCUCUACCUUACUGCCAUACUGGACACUGAAUCAUUUUAUGUUUAUAAAAGCCACUAAUAAAACAGUGAGGAUGCAGUCCACUUAAGCAGGUCUUGUAGCCCACAGUUUUAUGUUCUUAGGCUGCUUCAAUCUACUGAAUGUUUUUAUACAUCAAAGAAGUUUGCAGCUGAAGAGCUGCCAACUGAGCAUGGCAGAGCUGUGGUGACUCCUAUGACGGUCCUAUCACCAGGUAGCAGAGAUGAGGAACUUGUGUAGUUUUUAUCAAUUUCCUCAGCUUGAUGUCUCUGGUUUUAAGACUCGAUGAGUGACCAGCUUUUCCCAAAAGCAGAUGGCUAAGAAAGCAGGUUUGUUGAUGAGAAGCUGUCUUUUAGUUUCCCAGUGAUGAGAGGCAGAGCUGAGGCAGCAGGAACAAGAUGUGCUUGCAGUUCUGUAGCAAAUUGUAGCUUGCUGUGUUGGAAUCUCCAGGAUAGCACACCUUGGGCUUCAGUUCCAACCCACUGUGUAGGUAAAGGUUAGAAUGAAAGAAACGAAGUCCCAACAGGUUGGUCUGACCUCCAACACCUGUUAAAUUUCUACCUGGAAACAAACUCUACAUGAAGCAAUUCCUUUUUUUUUUUUUAAGUUGCUAAUUAGCAGUAUAAGAAACAGAUCUUUCUCACAUCAGAGAUCUCUCUGUG